GAUCUUUGGCGCUAGCGAACGAGCUACCGCUAACGAGCAACAAGCGGAGACCGGGCAGCGCGUUCCUCGCCUCGGUAUGAUGCCCGGUGACAGCGACAUGACCUCCAUCGUCCAGAGAAUAGCUCGGCAGGCUCUCGUCACCUUCAGGAGCCCGCCCCGGGUCGGUGAGGACGCGGGUAAAUCUUUCCUGGAGAACCAGAGCAAACUGAAGAGCCUGAUGACGGAAGUACGAGCCGCGGACCUGAAGCUCGUCCCGCGGAGAGCCGACGACAGCUCGCCCGGCGUGCUCCCUGCGGUCCCGUACCACCACGGCGCGCCCCCGGUCACCUACAUGCACAUCUGCGAGACGGACCAGUUCAGCAUGGGGGUGUUUCUGCUGAAAAGCGGCGCCUCCAUCCCGCUGCACGACCACCCGGGGAUGCACGGCGUGCUCAAAGUCAUGUACGGCAAGGUCAGGAUCAGCUGCUUCGACCGGCUGGAGCGGCCGGCCGGCGGCACGCAGGCGGCGCCUCCGCUCCCCGCGGCCCAGCUGGGCGCUCUGCGGCGCUCCGUGCUCCGCUCCACCGGGGAGUACACGGAGGAGAGCGGCCCGUGCGUGCUCUCGCCCGACCGGGACAACCUCCACCAGAUCGACGCCGUGGACGGCCCGACGGCGUUCAUGGACAUUUUGGCCCCGCCGUACGACCCGGACGACGGCAGAGACUGUCACUACUACAGGGUCCUGACAGACGCGGAGGGUAAAGACACAGAGCAGAAGGAGCAGAAGGAGAAGGAGGUCUGGCUCAUGGAGAUCUCACAACCUCCGGAUUUCUGGUGCGGAGGGGAGCCGUACCCGGGCCCGGAGGUCUCCCUCUGAUCCACCUGACUGACCUGCAUUCGCAAAAUGUCUUCUUUGAGGUUUAUUGCCCCUGUAGUGGCACGAGGCUUGGACACGGUUGGGUCUCUAAAUCUUAGAAAUUAAAGGGUCAACUCUGGGCUUUAUUCAUGACCGGGAAUGUAACUUUGCAGAAUAGGUGUACAGCACGGCGCCAGGUGACGUCACUGUCAGGUGUCGUUAAGGUGAAACACAAUAACUCAAGUUUCCAUUUCAGUUGGGCAAAAAAUGGGAGCCUCAGGCAACAUUUAACAUCCUGUUUGUCCUGUGAUCCCUCUGUUUGUAUAGUCAGGACAUUGGUGUCAUUGACUCAUUUCCCCUCAUCACCCUGCUCUGAGCUCUGACAGCUUCUCUGUUAUAGAGACACUAAUUGAGAAGUUUCACAUAUUUGUGUCUGACUCCCAGAAAGAGAAUUAAAUCACAUUUUCAUGAUGUAUUUGCUCCUUAAACUUUAAUUUUCUCAUGUCGGCGCUGUUGUCUUAUCUCAUAUGUCGCUGGUGAGGGCAGCGAUUUCUAAAAUACCCCCAGACCAUGUGGGAGAAGUUUGUCGUCCAAUCAGGAGCAGGAGCCAUCCACCAGCUCAGACGGUCAAAAUCUGAAAAUCACCAAAAUUGGAGAUCGGAGUGACGUGAGCAGGAGGCUAAAUUAAGACCCUGAAAGGUAUUUUUUGCAGGAGUAAUGCCAAGAAAUGACAAAUUGAUGAUGUGCAGGGGGCUAGUGCUGCGUUCGAGAGAAGUCGGGAAGUCUGAAUUUGCUGCUUUGCAUGUUGUUCGAAGUCAUUGCCUCAAGUUUUGGAAAUUUGUGCAAGAUUUCUGAACCUCAACAGCAUCACACAGUAAAACUUUAACUCUUAAUGCACUAAUUUUCAGCUUUUGAUAUCACAUGACCUUCGGUCUGAGGGAGGGAGUUGCUGCUGGGAAAUAGCUCAUGGUAUUUAUUUAAAAUGUGUACCUAUACUAACAGUUGCCUUCAAAGUUAUCUGACAUAUCAGCUAUUGCACGAGGUCUGCACUGCAUGAAAACACUGACACACAAAGUCUGGAGUUAUAAUCCACCUGCUGCAGACUCCUGACUGCACCUUGAAUGCAGCAUUAGAACCAAAUCUGUCCUUUAAGCUGAGUUGACCCGAGCUAAGUUGCCUCUGUGGAAGUUGCCCGGGACCGAGGGGGGGAGGGGGAGGAGGGGGACUGUGUCCAUGUGUUUUAAUCGUCUUCCUGCUUCAGGCUUUUGUGGCGUUUGUUUGUCGGAUUCAGAAACUGUGUGAAUCUUCAGGUCUCUUUUGAAGACUGAGAAAUAUCUACAAACUGCAGGUUUUCCCGGCGCCGUGACGACGACUCUUCAAACUGUAGACGAGCUUCUUCUUGUCUGAGAAAAGUCUGAUCCUCAGGAUUGUGUUUGUGGUUUCAAUCGCUGACUGAUUGUUUGAAACGUGCACAACAUUCAGCUUCUUAGCACAAACUUUGACCUUUGUCUUUUCACUCUUCGGUGCGGCUGCAGUCGGUCUUCAUGAAGAUGUUUCUGGGGGAAUUUGAGGGUUGGCUUUCUAAUAAAGUUUAUAUAGUGAACAUUGUGAUUAUUUGCAGCUCAGACUGAAGUGAAACAAGCUGCUGAACAAAUACUUACAAAGAAAUCAGCACUUGACUGAAAAGCAGCAUUGUGCUUCAUGUUGGAGGUUUCUUAUAUGCACUACUGACAAAUGAUGCGUCAUCUGCAACUAGCAUGAAAGUAAAGCAUUUAUAUUAGUGUGGCAGAACUGAAAUACUUUCAGACACUUUCAGAAAUUAAGGGGGAAAAAAAACUUCAAACUUUCCAUCAGAACAGUGAAUGAGAGUAAAUGUGCUGUCUGUCGUAUCACUGUGGGGAUGUAGACUGAGCAGGUCUAAAUCAGGCCUGAGUCCAGAGUCAGUAGCUGUGUCCAUGUGUUUUUGCCUGUAAUGAAGAGUUUCUGUUUGUUCAUAUAAAAUGUGCUGUUUAUUUUGGCCUAAAUGCGCCUGAUUCUUUUCGCUUCAAGAUGUGACGAUGAGCUGCUGUUAAAAUUACAAAAAAAGAAAAAGUUCAGGGAAGCAACUUCACCUCUUUGACGUGAUGUUUGAAUCCAGCUGCUGCUCUGAACCUUUCUUUGUAUUUCAAUAAAACUUUUCAUUUCCAAGCACUGCUCCAGCAUCUGUAGAUUGUAGUUUAUC